GCCGCCUCUGUUUCAGUGUUGGGGGGCGGGGUCAGGGCGGGGCGCCCGCGCUGCCGGAUGACGUCAUCCGCGCUUCCGACAGGCGCGGGUCGAGCGCCGGCGGGAUCGCGUCACUGGUGCGCGCCGCGGGUCCGGGCGCGAUGGCGGCGCUGGGCGGGGAUGGGCUGCGCCUGCUGUCUGUAUCGCGGCCGGAACGGCAGCCCGAGUCGGCGGCUCUGGGCGGUCCAGGCCCUGGGCUGUGCUGCUGGGUGUCAGUGUUCUCCUGUCUUAGCCUUGCCUGCUCCUACGUGGGCAGCCUCUACGUCUGGAAGAGUGAGCUGCCCAGGGACCAUCCUGCCGUCAUCAAGCGGCGUUUUACUAGCGUCUUGGUGGUGUCCAGUCUCUCGCCCCUUUGCGUGCUACUCUGGAGAGAACUCACAGGCAUCCAGCCAGGCACAUCCCUGCUCACCCUGAUGGGCUUCAGGCUGGAGGGCAUUUUCCCAGCAGCACUGCUACCCCUGCUGCUGACCAUGAUCCUUUUCCUGGGCCCACUGAUGCAGCUCUCUAUGGAUUGUCCAUGUGAUCUGGCAGAUGGGUUGAAGGUUGUCUUAGCCCCUCGCUCCUGGGCCCGCUGCCUCACAGACAUGCGUUGGCUGCGGAACCAAGUGAUUGCACCCCUGACAGAAGAACUGGUAUUCCGGGCCUGCAUGCUGCCCAUGUUAGCACCAUGCACGGGCCUGGGCCCUGCUGUGUUCACCUGCCCACUCUUCUUUGGAGUUGCCCAUUUUCACCACAUUUUUGAGCAGCUUCGUUUCCGCCAGAGCAGCGUGGGGAGCAUCUUCUUGUCUGCAGCGUUCCAGUUCUCCUACACAGCGGUCUUCGGUGCCUACACUGCUUUCCUCUUCAUCCGAACAGGACACCUGAUUGGGCCGGUUCUUUGUCACUCCUUCUGCAAUUACAUGGGCUUUCCUGCCGUGUGCGCAGCCCUGGAGCAUCCGCAGAGGCGGCCCCUGCUGGCAGGCUAUGCUCUGGGUGUGGGACUCUUCCUGCUUCUGCUCCAGCCCCUCACGGACCCCAAGCUCUACGGCAGCCUUCCCCUUUGUGUGCUUUUGGAGCGGGCAGGGGACUCAGAGGCUCCCCUGUGCUCCUGACCCAUGCUCCUGACCCAUGCUCCGAUGAACUCUCACGGGCUCCGCAGCCCCUCCCCACCAAGGGGUACUGCAAGGGGAGGAGCUGGCUGGGGUCCCCGAGAUCUCAGGAAUUUUUGUAGGGGAUUGAAGCCACAGCUAGUUGAAUCCCAGGGACCAAGAGAAAGGAGCAGAUACCCAAAGGGUGCAGCCCCCCUCCAAAGGAGGUUGAGGAACAGCUGGGGGUGAGGGGACAAGGGGCAGGUCCCAGGAGCCGUGCACUCCCUUCCUCACUUUGGACUGCUGCUUUUCUGAGCUCCUCUGCCCCCAUCUGCCUCUGAAAAGCUGCUCGGGGGUGGAAUUUACAAAAUCCCUCCCCCCAACUUCCCAGGGUUUUCUCAUUGUCUUUUUGCAUCAGGACUUUGUAUUGAGAUAUUAAAGAGAUUUAACUUGGG